AUGGCUAACCCAAGAGGAGAGUGCAAGGCCAUCACACUUUGGAGUGGAAAGGUGGUAGAAGAGGCAACCCCAAACCUGGAGAACCAUGAAGAAGAGGCUGCAGAAAAACCUGAAAACAAGAAGAAAGAAGAGAUCCCUGGCCCAUCUUCACCAAAGCCAAUCUUGAAGCCUUAUGUGCCAAAGGCACCAUACCCACAAAGGCUAAGGAAGGAUGGGAAGGACAGCCAGUUUUCCAGAUUCUUGGAGAUCUUCAAAAAGCUCCAAAUCAAUAUACCAUUUGCUGAAGCAUUGGAGCAAAGUCCCCUCUACGCCAAGUUCUUGAAGGAACUCAUGACAAGAAAAAGAAACUGGGGAGAAACGGAUACUAUAGUCCUAACUAAGGAGUGUAGUGCCAUUAUACAAAAGAAACUCCCCCAGAAAAUGAAAGACCCAAGGAGUUUCCAAAUCCCCUGCAUCAUAGGGGAUAUCACUAUUGAGAAGGCCUUAUGCGACUUGGGGGCUAGCAUCAAUCUCAUGUUUUUGAACAUGAUGAGAAGGAUGAGAAUUGAGAAAGCCAAACCAACAAGAAUGGCACUCCAGCUAGCUGACAGAACAUUCAAGUUUCUACAUGAAGUAGUGGAAGAUUUAUUGGUGAAAGUGGAAAAAUUCAUUUUCCCACUGACUUUGUUGUGCUGGAUAUGGAAGAAGAGGCCAUUCCUAGCUAUUGUUGGAGCCAUCAUUGAUGUGCAAAAAGGGAAAUUAGUCUUGAUAUUACAUGAGGAAAAGAUGGUCUUCAAUGUCUUUAAGGCAAUGAGUUAUCCCAAGGAAUCAAUAGGAGAAUGCAUGAUGGUGGACCCCAUAGAAUAA